AUGAAGCUAAUCACUUUUUUCGCCUUGUUUUUCCUGCUACAAAACACUACUAUUCUUUUUUUUGUUGCUGCAGACUAUUCUGUAGCGACAUCACAAUAUGGUGGUAACACUCCUCCGCCUAUUACUAGCCAACCACCACCUUCUCAUGGCUAUCAGCCGCCUAGUUCUCCAAGUACACCACCUCUGAGGCAUGCUCCACCACACCAUGCGCACCCACCACCUUCCCAUGGUCAUGUACCACCAUUUGUUGGUAAUCCUCCAUCGCUGUCUCCAGUGAUUUCUCCAUCUAAUCCCCCACCAUCAUAUAGUUCUCCUCCACCCUCUCAUGGUAGGGGUCAUACACCAUCUCAGGGCUAUCAUCAACCUUCACCCCCAAGUCAUUAUGGACAUCCUCCACCACCAACACCAACUUACUUUCCUCCUCCUUCUCAAAUGAAACCUCCAUCACCUCCAUAUUCACAACCAUCGCCGCCGCCACACUCACCACAUUCAUAUGGACAUGCUCCACCCCCUAAAGGGCACACGCCACCUAAAGGACAUAAUCCACCAAGACAUCAUCAACCUUCACCUCCGAGUCAUCAUGGACAUCCUCCCCCUACACAUGCACAACCACCACCAACUCCAAUUUACUGGCCUCCACCUCAAGUGCAACCUUCACUUCCGACUUAUUCACCUCCUCCACCUACAUACUCACCACCAUCACACUCGCCACAUUCACAUGAACAUACACCACCUCCUAAAGGGCACAAGCCACCUAGAGGACAUCAUACACAUUCACCUCCGAGUCAUCAUGGAUAUCCUUCACCAACAUUCUCGCCGCCACCAUCUCCGCCAACGUACUCCCCUCCCCCACUUGCAAAAUCACAUCCACCUCCACCAACAUACUCCCCUCCUCCACCUGCACAAUCGCCACCUCCACCAACGUACUCCCCUCCUCUACCUGCAAAAUCACCACCACAUCUACCAACAUAUUCCUCUUCUCCACCUGCACAAUCACCACCACCUCCACCAACAUACUCCCUUCCUCCACUCGCACAAUCACCACCUCCACCAACAUAUCCCUCUCCCCCACCUGCACAAUCACCACCACCCCCACCAACAUACUCCCCUCAUCCACCUGCACAAUCACCACUGCCACCAUCACCAAUUUACUCGCCUCCACCACCAUCAUCCCCUACUCCACCUACAUACUUACCACUACCACUAACUUCUCCUCCUCCACCAACACAUUCACCUCCUCCCUCUGCUUACUUUUCACCUCCACCAUCGACUACAUAUUCUCCUCCUUCUCCUCCAUAUGGUCUUCCACUAAGCACUCCAUAA